UUAAUCUAUUAUAGAUAUGAAGACUGACGUCUGUGAUGUAGUGGUUAGAUGCUUCGCUGUGGCACGCAAGAUACCCGAGUUCGUUAAAAGUGGAAGGCUUUUGACUCCUGCACCUAUAUGACCUAAUUGUGAAGCAAGGGCCGUAAAAAAUCUCAAUAAAACGAAAGCGAAAACUUUGACUCGCUCCAUUUAGUAUCGUGCUCAAAGGAAGGCGACUAUGUUUUCAGAACACUGUAUAAACCAUCUGGCGCUUCGGUUUCCUCUGUUAACCAAAUGGCGUGAGCUCAUGAUUACGUAAGGUGCGAAAUAGUCCAUCUCUAGGAGGAUAAAAUCUGUUUCAGGUCUUAGGUUGUUAGGAAUUUUUAAUUUUUUUUUUUACCAUAAUAGCUCUUAUUAUUAAUUAAUAGUUUACUUACCUAUCUGCUUUGUUGGUUGGGACAUAAUAAUCAAACAAGAUGUGCUUCAAUUUGAUAUGUUAACACCUGUACUCAUUACCCUCGAUAUGUUCUCCUUUCAGGCCCAGAACCAGUACAGAUGGGCAUCGCCGGAGCACUCGCAAGCUCCGCCCACUCCGAGCGAGAGCUCCGCCCCCCAGUCUGUAGGGGCGUGGCCUCCGUCACAGGCCGGGAGUGUGGAGGAGCUGGAGGAGGACAAGGAGCACAAACUCAAGUACUCCGAGGCUGACCACCAGGCCGGGCUAGCGCAGCUACGAACAGAGUACAAGGAACAGGAGGAGAAGAUAAAGAAAGACCACGAGGAUGAGCUGCUACGGAUGCGGGAUGGCUUCGCUGCCCAGAUUGAGCGGCUGAGUGACCAGAUUCUGAUCCUACAGGAUGAGGUCAAUAAGUACAAAACUUUGGCGGGGAUCGAGGAGAUGACGAAGGAGGCCCUGCAGGCAGCAGAAGCGGCCAGAAAAGAGGCCGGCCUCCCGUCCAGCAGCACACCCUCGGGGCCCUCUGAGAUGGUCUUGGCCAUCACGGGAACGCCCACCUCCCACUCUCUACAGAACGGCGACUCCUCCGCGCCCCCUGUCCCCCCUCUACCCUCCGAACACAGCCUGAACGGCACCCCAGCCCCGCCUCCUCCUCCUCCUCCUCCUCCUCCUCCACCUCCACCACCGCCUGGCCCCCCUCCUCCGCCCCCUUCUGCUAUCGGAGGACCCCCACCCCCACCACCUCCCCCUCCCCCGCCGGGAUUGGGCGGUCCUCCUCCCCCUCCCCCACCUCCCCCGGGUCCAGGGGGGCCCCCGCCACCUCCCCCUCCCGGAGGUCCAGGCGUAGCCAUGAGGAAAGAGUCCUCAAGGCCUAUUCUCAACCCCAAAAGUCCCAUGAAGCCAUUGUUCUGGAAGAGACUACAAAUGCACUCUCUGAAAUCCGUCAGAAAUCAGGAAGAAGAGAACCUGUUCUGGGAACAGAUAGAUGAGGAGCCGUUAAACUAUGACCAGUUUGAGGAGCUUUUCGCCAAAGUGGCAUUAGAGUCCAAGAAAAAGGCAUUGGCCAACAAGGCUAAGCCCAAAACUGUACAGCCUGCCAAAGUUAUUCAGCCAAAGAGAUCUCAAGCUGUGGGAAUUCUUUUGUCAAGUCUGCGGCUAGAGUUCUCUGAUAUAGAAGAAGCCAUACUCAACCUUGACACCUCAGUAUUGGAUGUAGAGAAAUUCAAAGCCAUCUAUGACAACAGACCUGAUGCUGAGGAGAUGAAGAUGAUUAAAAAACAGCUUGAAAAACAUCCGGAUGUGCCACUGGACAAGCCAGAGCAAUUUCUCCAUGACCUAGAGCAGAUACCAUACGUGGGUGACAGGGUAUUCUGUUUCAUCUUCCAGUCAACAUUCCAAGAGAACAUGGGUGGGAUUGACAACAAGCUCAAUAAUCUACGUAUGACCUGUGAGAUGCUGUCAUCUUUCAACAGUGUGAGGAGAAUAUUUGGCCUUAUACUUGCCUGUGGAAACUACAUGAAUGGAGGCAGCAGAACGAGAGGCCAAGCUGAUGGUUUCGAUCUGGAGAUCUUGCCAAAAUUGAAAGAUGUCAAAGCCAAAGACAACCGCACCAGCCUGCUACAGUUUGUGGUAUCCCGCUACGUCCACCAGUACGACUCUGACGUCAUGGGCACAGACCGGGCAAAGUUACCUCUACCUGACCCCAGUGAUAUACACCAAGCCGGUCUUGUCAACUUUGAGGAUAUUGAGAAAGAAUUAAAGAGAAUAAAGAAAGAUUUUAUCAGUGCUGAAAGCAAAGCAAACAACAUCAUACGGUCUUCCAAUGAUGGAAUAGAACCUUUCAAGACUAUUAUGUCAUCUUUUUUCGACAAAGGAAAGCAAGAUUUGAGGGAACAGGAAGAAAACCUCAAAGACUGUUCGGGACUGUUCCAAAAGACCUGUGUGUUUUUCUGUGUGAAGCCAAAAGGCAAUGACAAGAUCCCCACCCCGGAAAACUUUUUCUCUCUCUGGGCUUCCUUCUGCUCCGACUUCAAGGACAUCUGGAAGAAGGAGCAACAGAAUGUCAUGAAGCUGAAGAUCAAAGAGGCAGAGGACCGUGUGCGGAGAAUCAAAGAGUCCAAGCUAGUGCUGCCGCCUACACGUGCAAAGAAAGUUGGUGGACUGAAAGACAGAUUAUCGAGACAGGGAAAGAUAUGAGCUGCUGUACUUGUUCAAAUAUUAUGUUAUGAGACCACUGACUCAGCGCCGACCCAUCCCUUCCACGGCCUCCCUCAGCAAUACUGUACAGACAUCACUGGACGCAAAUCUACUGUGUGUACUGAAAGUCUGAUUGAGGGCGAUGUUGUUUGGGGUUUGUUUGUUUUUACUGUGACGACAAGGUUGUCAUUUUUUAAUGAUUGUGAUGCAGUCUUAUUGAGGUCUGUAUAGAAACUGUCUUCAAAGCAUUUCCAAUAACACCUGUGUUCUGUGUGCGUUUGCCAUUCUGUGUUCGUGAGAAAGUGUGGUCCGUGGG